AUGGACCAAGAUCAACACGACGGCCAUCUGCUCAUCCAUACGCCGCCAGAUCUGCUCGUCUAUCGUGUCCGGAGAUGGACCAAGAUCAACACGACGGCCAUCUGCUCGUCAUCGUGUCCGGAGAUGGACCAAGAUCAACACGAUGGACAUCUGCUCGUCAUCGUGUCUGGAGAUGGACCAAGAUCAACACGACGGCCAUCUGCUCGUCAUCGUGUCCUGAGAUUUGUUGCGGGCGAAGAUCAACAUAUUGACAGCCAUCUGGCCUUCCUACUGCCCGAAGCAGGGGCCGCGACGAUAGACGUGAAACUCGACAACAAAUUCAACAACAAAGGCUCCAUCGCCGGAUCAAAGGCGGCAGCAGCGGCGAAUUUCCGAAGCAGUUACGGCGAAAACAGACUCGAGGCUCAACUACAACUG